AUGAGUACCAAUAAUCGAAUUCCUUCCAAUUUACCGAUUCUUGAUUCGAAGAAUUAUGAUAAGUGGUCUAAGCAAAUGAAAGUCAUGUUUGGAUAUCAAGAAGUUCUUGAUAUCGUCAACAAUGGUGUCACACCACUUGGGGAUGAACCUACAGCUGCACAUCAAGCCACCUUCAAGGAAGAGAAGAAGAAAGAUUACAAAGCUCUCUUCUUGAUACACUCUUGCGUCGAUGGUGAUAAUUUCGAAAAGGUUAGUGAUUGCGAGUCUGCGAGGCAAGCUUGCUUAAUUCUUAAGAAAGCAUAUGCUGGGGCUGCGAAGGCGAAGUCGUGUGGGGAAACUAUCUUAGAGCAGAAUGUUGUGUCAAAAAUCUUACGUCCGUUAACGUCAAGAUUCGACAACAUUGUAGUGGCUAUUGAAGAGUCGAAGGAUCUUACGUCGUUGGGCAAGGAUGAGCUUCAAAGUUCCCUAGAAGCACAUGAACAAAGAAUGGACGAGAGAGGAAGCGAUAAGUCAAAGACGGAGAUUGCUUUGCAAGCUCGUUUCAAUGAAAGGAGUAAAGGUUCGAAAGGGAAAUGGCCUUCGAAAGGGAAGCAAGGUGAUGGUGAUUCUAAAAAUUCGAAGGGACAAAAGGGUGAGAGCAGCAACUCAAAUGGUUAUGGUGAUCGGAGCAACGCGAGAGGUGGAAAACCAAAAGACAUGAGUAAAAUACAAUGCUGGAAAUGUAAGAAACUUGGACAUUUUCAAGCAAAGUGUGGUGCUAAACAGCUGGAAUCUAAAGGGGAUGAAGCCAAGGUUGCGAGGCAAGAGGUGGAUAAUGAAGCCACACUAUUAAUGAUGAUUACCGAUGAGUGUGAUGGCAUGACAGAGGUGCUGGAUAGCAGCUGCAAGUCACGGGAGAGCAGCUGCAGUAGUGCAGAAAACACGACAAUUUUGAGCUCGGAACAAAAUGUGAUGAUUUCGGUUCGAGAUGGAACCCAAGGCAACGAGGAGUGGUACUUAGACUCCGGGUGUUCAACGCAUAUGACGGGAAGAAGAGAUUGGUUUAUGCAAAUCAAUCAAGUGGCGAAAAAUAAAGUGAAGUUUACGGACGAUUCCACUCUCAUGGCCGAAGGUGUCGGUUAUGUGUUGAUCGAUAAAAAGGAUGGUGGACAUUCUAUGGUCAAGGGUGUGCUAUAUAUUCCAGGUAUUAAGUGUAAUCUUUUAAGUAUUGGUCAAUUGCUCGAAAAGGGUUACAACAUACGGUUGGAAGAUAAGAUCUUGCGGGUUGUUGAUGCUAGUGGUGUGUUGAUCCUAAAGGCUCCUAUGGCUACCAAUAGGACUUUCAAAGUUGAGCUGAAAGUAUUGGAGCAUAGUUGUUUAGCUACAGGUGCAAGUAGAGAGGAGUGGUUAUGGCACUAUCGUCUCGGUCACUUGAAUUUCUGUGAUCUCAAAGUGUUGCAACAAGAAGGUAUGGUUACCGGGCUGCCACACAUUAACGUUCCAGCGGAGUUGUGUGAAGAAUGUGUGAAAGGAAAGCAACAAAAAUGA